AUCACUUUUCUGUGUACAGCCAGUGUAUUUAAAACAAUCAUUUUCAUGACCAUAUGGUAGGCGAACAAUAAAGUUUUGCCAUAAACAGGCAACUGUAACCAUAUUUGUUUGGGGAGAGCAACACAGUCCAGCAAAAACAAAAGAAAAUGAGACCUAUAUUCACUUACAGUGGUCACGACUGUGUAUUUUGUGAUGUAUUACCUCUCACCAGGUAAAAAUAACAUAAUGCUUCACCGGAUGUCCAUCAAUUUCUUCGUGUGAAACACAAUAGCAACGAAAUUGUGCAUGCUAUCAAUCCUGAAAUCUUUCAGCUUAUCUCUCAUUAUCGUAUUUAAUGCUGUAGGCAUAUUGAGAGAGCAGUAAGUGAAUAAAACAGAACGGCUCCAGCCACAAUGUUUGAAGUCAAAGAACAGGUUGUAUACGGCCCGGAGCAUGACUAAAGUUUCACACGGAAUUUGCAGUCUCCCCUCCACAACGGCCACAGGCUGGUCACGUGAUUCCACCUCCACAUGGACAGGAGGCGGGGCGUGACUGCCAGCGCUCCUGGUUUUACUUGAGUGUACUAUGUUGCCUUUCCCGCCAGAAAACAAACAGUGCUUCUUGCCUGCUUCGUGUGUGCAUAUCUGCUUUGUUCGAACUUGUGCUUUUCGCCUGCUUUGAAUGUGCGCGUCCGCUUUGUUCGAAGUUGAAAAGAAAAUGAUAUCUUUUGAUGACAGCAUUGGGGAUGAGGACAAGAGAGAAGUGGCUGUAAGUAUUUAGAAGUAGUUGUACUAUCGUUAUCUUACGAAUUUUGUGUUUGGCAUCGUAGAAAUAAACCAAUGAAUUUUCCCUCAACAGAAUAUUCUUCCACAAUGGAAAACGCAUGUGCUGCAAAUUCAGAGAAGUGCCAAUCUGAAACACAGUCAACGAAACACCUCAUUUUGAGGCAGUUGAUGUUCUGCCAUCAUAACACAGUUUCGAAAAGAGUUAAUGAUACUGCAGUGCAUCCUGCCACGAAAAACACCAACUGUCCAUCGAAAAUGAUGAUAAAAAUUCAUGUUGUGCACGAAAGGACCCCUCCUGUAAGUAUCGAGGAAAAUUUGCAGGAAUAAUUGAUAUUUAUAGACAAAUGCCAUGUGAAAUGAAACUGACACUGAAUCAUAAUCACAGCAUUGACAGUGCUGCUUCAUUAAAGUAUAGGAAGCCGUCUCGUAAAGUUCAGGAAACAUUGAUAUCUCUGUUUCAAAAGGGUCAUUCACCUGCUAGCGCACUUCAAUGUAUUAAGACUGACAUUCAGCUUAAUCAUUCCGAUUACCCAUUAGUGCUGGGAGACAGAAGUCAGUGUCCAGAUUAUAAGUUCUGCUAUAAUUUAUACAGGAAAACACUUGAGAAGGAUUAUGGACCCAUGGAUUCUAAUGAAGGGAAGGAAUUCCUGCUGCAACAGAGAUUGCUGAAAUACAAUACAGAAGUUAGGAAUGUGUGUUGCAAGAUGGUUAUGAAAGAUGCCGAUUAUAUAAUAUGCAUUUGCUCACAAUUGAUGAAGAAAGUACAUAUGUGUGAAGAAAUGGCACCAGAAAUGGUCUUCAUUGAUUCAACAGGAUCUUUAGACCACAAUGGCAGUAGAGUUUUUGUGUUACUCACACCCAGUGCAUGUGGAGGUUUACCGCUGGGAAUUAUAGUAACUUCAUCAGAAAGCUGUGAAGUUUUGCAAAUAGGCUUCCAGCUAUUGAAAGAGAUAGUAGGAAAAGAUAUUUUUGGGGGGAACAUUGAUGGACCACAUGUCUUUUUGAUUGACGACUGCAAAUCGGAACAAAAUGCCAUUAUAAGAUCUUUUCCCCGUUCAACAAUCAUAUUGUGCAUUUUCCAUGUGAUGCAGGCAGUGUGGCGGUGGCUUAUAAAAACCAAACAUGGAAUACCGCAGGACAAGAAAAUGCAAUACUUUAAAGACUUUAAAAAAAUCAUGUAUUCAAAAACCAAAGAUGAAGCUACAGUUAAUUAUAACGCAGCUAAAGCAAAUAUAUGUGACGAACACAACAGUUAUCAAACAUACUUAGAUGGGUAUUGGGAAAGACGACACCUAUGGGCACUUCCUUAUCAAACCCGUAUGUUGAUACAGGGGCACCACACUAAUAACUUCAGUGAAGCGUUCAUGAGGAUUUUGAAAGACUAAAUUUUUUAGAGAAGAAAAGCGGUCAAUGUAGUGCACAUGGUCGACAUCAUACUCACAAGGGUGAAUUCUUAUUUUGAGAUGAAGCUGCUUGAUGCUGCUAACAGAGCAACCCUGAAAUCUUUCCACGAGACCAUUAGAGUACCUACACCGGAAAUUCUGAGUAAGAUAAUUAUGAUUCAGGAAGGCUUUCUGUUGGUUCCAAGUGAGAGUACAGAGAAUCGCUUCUAUGUUGUCAACAUGGCUGUGCUUGUUUGUAAUUGUCUUGAGGGCAAUACGGGCAAGAGAUGUAAACACAUUGAUUGGGCUAAUAUUGUUUACCCAUCAGAAAAGUAUGAAAAAGCUAUAAACAGUGAAGAAAUUCGUCGAAAGUAUUAUUUUAUAGCGACGGGUAAGCAGUCCCCCAAAAUUGGCUGAAGCCUCUUCAUGAACCCCAAAGUACUGCAACAUUAAAUGAUGCUGAUGUGGAGCACAUUGACACAGAGGAAGAGAGAAAUAAUGUACUCCAGUUCAGUAUAGAUAAUACAGAAGAUAGACAUGAUGCUGAUGUGGGGCAAAUGGAUGCACAAGAAGAAAAACGUGAUGUUGAAGAAGAAAUACCAGACGCAACACAUCUCAAAAACAUUUCCCACAAAACAAAUACAAAUCUAUUAAACAGAGCAGUAGCUCAUCUCACAGAGCUAUCCAGUAGGUCACUGGAAGAGAUGACGAAGUUGAAAAGAAGAAAACGCCAUCUGCCUACGUGAAGGCAAAGCGAGACAUAAUAUGAGAAAACGCAUUCCGAUUCAAUCAACAUCAAUUGGAAGAAGAAAGAAGGCAGUGAAAAGAAAAAAUGCACACACCCAGAAAUUUUGAAUAUCCUAUCAAAGUGUGUUACUCCAUACAAAAGCCUUGCAUUUCCUAUUUAAUGGUUUAAUGGUUGUAUCCUGUUUUGUCUAACACAUACAAAAAUGAUUAUUAAAAAUAUUUUCUACUUUUUUCAACAAAAUUUUCAUUGUGUUUGAUGGAAAUACAGUCUCCCUGUCCUCUUGG